AUGACGCGCGGUAACCAACGUGAUAACGAUCGGGCCAAGGCCCUGAAGAAGGCCGGCAACACCAAGAACAAGAACACCCAAUCUGGGAGCGAGUUUGCCAAGUCCAAGGAGGAUGCUGCAGCCAUUAUGCGCGAAAAGCAAAGAAAAGCGGACGAAAAGAAAGCUGCCGAGGCAGCAGGAGGGAAAAAGAAAUAA